AGUAGCCCAGAAUUUCAUGCGUGCAUGGCAGAAACCGCAACUAGGAGCAAAUUGCUGCGACUUUGCGGCGCACUAUUUUCGCCCCGGUGGAUCCAGCUGCUGUGUGUGACCUCACGGGGAGGAGCUUUCCGGGCGGGGCGCGAGAGAAGCGGAGCGGAGCCCGAGUACGAGGCGAAAGUGUCUGAGGACCGAGAAAUCCGGAGCUGGAUUGGUGGGAAAGCGAUCGGGUGUGUUUUCCUGGGGGGAUCCCGAGGCACCUGGCAGGCGGAGAGCCCCAGCUCCUGCCUGGCGCUGCCUACCGACCCGAUGGAAAAAUAUAAAGCUCUAGAACAGCUGCUCACGGAACUUGAGAAUUUUCUGAAGAUUUUGGAUAAAGAGAACCUCAGCAGCACAGCUGUAGUGAAAAAGAGUUUCCUUGCUGACCUCCUGCAGGUGUACACAAAGACAAGCGGUGGUGAUGAGGAAUACAUUUACAUGAACAAAGUGACCACCUUCCUUAAACAGCAAGGUGGACAGGAGAAAGAAGACAGAGCCUGGGACUACGGAGAGUCUUUGUCCAAUGGGGAAUCUGGGCACCAUUCGUCUCCUCCUCAGAAGAGUCUGCCAGACCUUCCUCCUCCAAAAAUACUUGCAGAAAGGAAACAGCCUUCCAUCCCCGCGACUGAGUCUCCAGAGGGAUAUUACGAAGAGGCUCAGCCAUAUGACAUCUCUGUGAAUGACGGAGAAGCAGUCAGCAGCUCGUAUGAAUCCUACGAUGAAGAGGAGAGCGGCAAAGGGAAGUCCACAACCUACCAGUGGCCAUCCCCGGAAGCCAACAUUGAGCUGAUGAAGGACGCCCGCAUCUGUGCUUUCCUCUGGAGGAAGAAGUGGCUGGGCCAGUGGGCCAAACAGCUGUGUGUCAUUAAGGACACUAGGUUGCUGUGCUACAAGAGCUCCAAGGACCACGCCCCGCAGCUGGAUGUGAGCUUGCUUGGCUGCAGCGUCAUACACAAGGAGAAGCAAGUGAGGAAGAAGGAGCACAAGCUGAAGAUCGUUCCGAUGAACGCAGAUGUGAUCGUGCUGGGCUUGCAGAGCAAGGACCAGGCAGAGCAGUGGCUCAGGGUAAUCCAAGAGACCAGUGGCCUGCAGUCUGAGGGAGUGGGUGAAGGAAAUCAAUGUGUUCCAGACUCCCAGCGUUUUAGUUACCUCAAGGCGGAGUUGUCUGAGAAGCAUUCGGUGGCAUCAGAGAGCGGGAGCAGCACAGACGGCCACCCAGAAUCCAUUGAAAUAAAAGACGUUAAGAAGAAGGGUACAACUGGCCUAAAACUGAGCAACCUGAUGAAUCUUGGGAGAAAAAAAUCCAGCUCAUUGGAGAGCCCAGAGAGAGCACUGGAAACUUCCAGUUACCUGAACAUUCUAGUGAACAGCCAGUGGCGAUCCCGUUGGUGUCACAUCAAAAACGGUCACCUCCAUUUCUACCAGGACAAGAACAGAAGUAAAUCCGCACAGCAGCCUCUCAGUCUGGUGGGCUGUGAAAUUAUUCCAGACCCAACUCCUGACCAUCUCUAUUCAUUCCGUAUUCUGCACAACGGGGAAGAACUAGCCAAAUUAGAGGCCAAGUCUUCUGAGGAAAUGGGCCAUUGGCUGGGCCUUCUUUUAUCAGAGUCAGGCUCGAAAACAGACCCAGAAGACUUUACCUACGAUUAUGUUGAUGCGGACAGGAUUUCCUGCAUCGUGAGCGCGGCAAAGAAUUCAUUCUUCUUGAUGCAGAGGAAGUACUGUGAGCCCAACACCUACAUUGAUAACCUGCCCAAGAUAAGGGUGCAGCAGGAGGACCUCUAUGACGAUGUGGACCUGCCAGAGGAAGAAAUACCCCAAAGCGAAAGCAAUUGUGAAGAGGACCAAGACAAAGUGUACCUAGACCUCACACCAGUUAAAUCCUUCCUGCACUCCACCGGGAGGAAGCCGGCAGAGCCGUCCUCUCCAGGCUCUCCUUCUGUGGAAACAGCUAGCGGCAAUGGAACAGAAACACCCCUCUUGGCUAAGGAAACUGAGUCCUGUAGGAAGUCAGUGGAAAUCCCAGACCAGACCCCGCAAGAGAAGAUGGAGCCAGAAGAGCCGCCAAUACAGACAUCCACUGUCAAAAUCCAGAUGCAGCAGCAGAAAAUCGCUUUCCCCCAGGGCAGUCCUGAGAUCAAAGCCACCACUGCAGACAUGGCCGGUCUGCCGUUAGCACCGAUGCCCAAAGAGAAAACAGAAUGGCCCAAGCUGGCGAGUGCAGUGCAUGUGGAAACCAAACUGGGCAAGAAUAGGAUGGAGGCUGAGGUGAAGCGGUACUCGGAGGAGAAGGAGCGGCUGGAGAAGGAAAAGGAGGAAAUCCGCUCUCAGCUGGCCCAGCUUCGGAAGGAGAGACGGGAGCUGAAAGAGACGUUAGCUGGCUGCACAGAUAAUGGCCUGGUGGUGAACGUGGAACAGAAGCUGAAGGAAAUCGAGGAGGAGUGCAAAAAAAAAGAGAGCAGGCGGGUUGACUUGGAACUGAGCAUUGUGGAAGUGAGAGAGAACCUGAAGAAAGCAGAGUCUGGCCCGGUGACACUUGGCACAGCGGUGGACACCACCCACCUAGAGAACGCAAGCCCCAAAGUGAAAACGGCCACCCAGGCAAGUAGCACAGAGAGCUCCCCGGUCAACUCAGCUACAGCUUUAAAAAACAGGCCUUUAUCCAUCAUGGUGACAGGAAAAGGGACAGUUCUACAGAAAGCUAAGGAAUGGGAGAAAAAAGGAACCAGUUAGGAGGAUUACAGUUUCAAAGAUGGACUACAAAGACUGGACUUGCCCAUGUGUGGAACAGAGGAUUCAGUCAGCUGCAGUCAAAGGUCCAGGCUAAGCCUCCCUGCCCUCUAGUGCCACCUUGUGCCAUUUGCUUAGAAGACACGAUGGAAUGGGAAGUCUGUGACCUUCAUGAAAAACCAUCCUCCUCACACAGCUGGGAAGAACACAAAGGGCCACCCACCCUCCUAACCCAACUGAUGUAAACAAGAAUGUUACUGUACAUAGGGAUGUUGUGUGUAGCUCCACGCUGCAGUUUUAUCAUUCCAUUAUUAAUGGUUUUCUAUUGGUAAUAAUGCCCUGCCAUGCUAAGGGGGCAGUGGUGCUGGUCCUGAUAGGCCUGUGCUUUCUGUAGUCGGCUGUCACUCCCGUACUCUGCUGUUCAGGAAGGUGAACGUGCAGAUGGAGGAGUAAAACCCCAUUCUACUGAAAAUUGAACCCCGCCCACCCCCACUGGACAAGGAAGCAGCAUUCGCCAUGCAUAGGAAGUCAACCUGGAGGUGUCAGAAGGUAGUAAAGGGGAGCUAAGCGUGCCCCUUAUCUAAGUCUUGGAACAGUUGUCAGUCAUGGGGGACCAUGUAGCCACCUCUUGUCUGAGUCACUUUCCCUA